AUGACAGGUGAAGGCGACAUAGUUGAACUCAUUAACAAAAUACAAGAUGCCUUUGCUGCUGUUGGUGGAAGUGAAACUUUAGACUUGCCACAGAUUAUUGCGAUUGGUGAGCAGAGUUCCGGAAAGUCAUCCGUCUUGGAGCAGAUCGUUCAGCGCGAUUUCCUACCAAGAGGAAGCGGCAUUGUCACUCGGCGACCACUCAUCCUGCAACUGAUCUCGAGCCGCAAUCAGGAAGAAGAUGACUAUGCCGAAUUCUUGCACUUACCUCAGCAAAGAAUCUAUGAUUUUGAUGAAGUACGAGAUGAAAUUGUAAAGGAAACAGAUCGUGUAGCAGGAACAAAUAAAGGCAUAUCAAGUGUACCUAUCAAUUUAAAAAUACAUUCAAGGAACGUUUUAAACCUCACGUUGAUUGAUUUGCCGGGUCUUACAAAGUUUCCGAUAGGCGAUCAACCGCAUGAUAUUGAUGUACAGAUUCGCAAAUUAGCACUAGAUUAUAUCAGCAAACCCAACAGUAUCAUACUAGCUAUAACCCCUGCAAAUACUGAUUUAGCCAACUCAGACAGUUUGAAACUAGCAAAACAAGCGGAUCCAAAAGGCAACAGAACAAUUGGCGUUUUGUCAAAGUUGGACUUAAUGGACACCGGUACAAAUGCUCUUGAAGUUUUAACGGGAAAGUCAUUUCCGUUAAGAAUGGGAUUUAUUGGUGUUGUGAACCGAAGUCAGCAGGACAUUAUUAUGAAAAAAUCUAUGGCAGACGCAAUAGAGUCAGAGCGGAUCUUUUUUCACAGCCACCCUGCCUAUAAAAGUAUCGCACAAAGAUGUGGUGUAGCAUAUUUGACGCAUAGACUGAAUUCUAUUUUGGUGAAUCACAUACGCGAAAAAUUACCAGAUCUUCGAUCAAAAGUGAGCGCGCAUAUUGGACAAGCACAGCAUGAAUUGGCCCAAUACGGUAAUUCCGCGUUCACUGGCUCAGUCCAUCGAGGUUCGCUCGUUUUAAAAUUAUUGAAUUCAUUCUCGAACGAAUUCAUAUCUUCAAUCAACGGUACAUCUUCUGAAAUAUCAACCAAAGAAUUGUCUGGAGGAGCACGUAUCUACUUUAUUUUUAACUCAGUCUUUGGACAAGCAUUGGAUAACAUACAUCCAUGUGCCGAUUUGACGAAUGAUGAUAUUCGCACGGCCAUUCGGAACUCUACAGGCCCACGUUGCUCAUUAUUUGUACCAGAGGCUUCAUUUGAAUUGCUUGUUCGUCCACAAAUUCGACUAUUAGAGGCACCUAGCUUACGAUGCGUAGAUCUAGUCUAUGAGGAAUUGUCUAAAAUAUGCCAUACAUGUAGUAAUCAGGAAAUUACACGAUUCCCCAAAUUAAAUACUCGAUUAGUUGAGGUUGUUUCCGAUCUUUUGCAAGAACAACUGAAGCCAUCCUCUAGCUUUAUACGAAGUAUGAUUGAAAUAGAAUGCGCCUAUAUCAAUACAAAUCACCCUGAUUUUCCGGAUGCUUCUCAGAUUAUGAUGGAAAUGCAAAGAAAGCAGAAAGAAGAUGAAAAAGCAGAAAGAAAGCGACUGGCCCGACAACAAUUGAAUGGAGGAGAUAUGCUAACAAAUAUAACCCCAUCAGUACGAAAAGCCGGUCGAUCUAUGUCCAUUACUUCAGUUACAUCUAUCUCUACGACAUCUUCAUCACCACCAAAAGAUUCUUUAUUGAACUAUUUUGCUAGAAGCAAUAAUAGUAGCUAUAAUAGAGCACAGGAAUAUCAAGUAAAUAAGACUGUUGGGCUCUCUCAAGUAUUAAGUGCGCAAACAGAUGCUGAACUACAGAUACCGCGAAGUUUUCAUAUGGCAACAAUGCAAGAAGAAGGUGACAACUUAAAGACAUCGGUAACAGAUAUCAAAGAAGUUGAAUUGAUUCGUCGUUUGAUUAUAGCUUACUUCAAUAUUGUUCGAAGAUCCAUCAAAGACAGAGUGCCCAAAGCUAUUAUGCAUCUGUUAGUGAACUACACUAAAGAUAAUGUACAAAAUCGCCUAGUUUCAUCUUUAUAUCGUGAGGAGCUAUUCGAUGAUCUUCUUGUAGAGGAUCCCUUAAUUGCUGCUGAAAGAGAAAAAUGCAAAGCUAUGCUUGAUGUAUACAAGAAUGUGUUUACACUCAUAAAUGAGGCAAUGUAA